AAGAAAAGGAGCUCUUGGUCAGACAUGUCGUGGAUCAGAGAAGGCGAGCUGAGCAUCAUAGAGAGAUUUUGUGCCAACAUCAUUAAGGCAGGUCCAAUGCCCAAGCAUGUUGCCUUCAUCAUGGAUGGCAAUCGCCGUUAUGCCCAAAAGUGCCACGUGGAGAGACAGCAGGGGCAUUCGCAGGGCUUUGAUAAGCUGGCACAGACGCUGCGGUGGUGCUUAAAUCUGGGCAUUCGGGAGGUCACUGUUUAUGCCUUUAGUAUUGAGAAUUUUAAACGCUCCAAGGAGGAGGUGGAUGGACUAAUGGAUCUGGCAAGACAGAAAUUUAGCCGCCUACUGGAAGAACAGGAGAGCUUGAAGAAGCAUGGUGUGUGUAUCCGUGUCCUCGGGGACCUGCCGCUUCUGCCCUUGGAUAUUCAGGAGCUGAUUGCCCAAGCUGUGCUGGCAACUAAGAACUACAACAAAUGCUUUCUAAAUGUCUGCUUUGCAUACACAUCGAGACAUGAAAUCAGCAAUGCUGUCAGGGAGAUGGCGUGGGGGGUGGAACAAGGACUGCUCGAACCCAGUGAUGUGUCCGAAUCGUUGCUUGAUAAGUGUCUGUACACCAACAACUCCCCUGACCCAGACCUCCUGAUUCGAACCUCUGGAGAGGUUCGGUUGAGUGAUUUCUUGCUCUGGCAGACGUCCCAUUCAUGCCUGGUGUUUCAGUCAGUCUUGUGGCCAGAAUAUUCCUUUUGGAACUUGUGUGAGGCUAUCCUUCGGUUCCAGAUGAACUACAGUGCUUUACAGAAGGCCAGAGACUCCUACAUGGAGGAAAGGAGGCGACAAGAGAUGGAAAGGGAUCAGGCUUACGUGACAAAGAAGCUGCAGCAGGAGGGGUUUGCGUCCCACGGAGACUCUCGGCGCCGAUGGACGCUGUUGCAGAAAUGCACUGCCAUGCGGGAGGAGAGAAUCCGGGGCUUUCUACAGGCACUAGAGCACAAGAGAGUGGACUUCUUUGAAAGAUUGUGUACGGUGUCUGCAUGACAUAGGUGCUGGGUUGUUCUUGGGGAGACAAUUUUUAACUGUGUUAGAGGGAACAGCUGCUGCCCAGAGGAAUUCACUCGGUGUGGUUCUGCAGCGGGGAUGCAGGGCUGCUAUAAGACUUUUUGUCCCCUGUCUGAGGGCAGGGACACAGAGUACUGUGAACCUUUCUAGUUCUGUGAAUGCUGCUGAGGAAGGUAACGCCGUCCUUCUGUCUCGUCUCCCUGCCCCUGAUGAUCGAGAAUACGCGCAC